ACAUCAAACACUUUGGUACUGUUUUGCUUUGAUAUGGAAUGGAAUCAUCAUAAAAUGAUAAAAUUGAGAACAACUACUUCUCACAGGCCCAGCCUUGCCUUGGCUUAUUUUUUUUGGACUCCUAUUUUUUAAGAAGCCAAUUAGCCCAAUCUCUUCCUAGAGAUCAUGAGACCUUGUGGUCCAAGAGUUGAUUGGGCUGGACCCAUGUCUGCAAAUUCUAGUAGUCUUUCUUCUUAAUCUUGGGUACCUCUCUGACUCUCUUUCUGGCAAAGACAAAAAGAAACAAAAGAAAGAAAGCAGUAGUUUAUGCUUUAUAUAGAGAGAGUAUGAGUAUGAGUAUGAGAAAGCAUUGGCAAUUUACAUACCAGCACUACCACCUAACAUUAAGACAUUGCUCUCACAAGCAUCAUGCUUUCCACUUCCACUCUUCCACCACCUUAUCACCACCACCUCAUCUUCUGCAACCUCUUCCACGCCGAGCCAAAAGCCACCAAUUUGCCCACUUUUUGCAAUUGCCAAUACCCCCAUCACACUCACACAACCCCAUUUUGUAUUACCAGUCACUUCACGCUCAACUUGUCGUCUCUGGCUUUCAUAACCAAGUCUUUCUUGCCAACAUUCUCCUCCACUCCUAUUCUAAAUGUAGUCGUCUACGUGAUGCACGCUUGUUGUUCGAUGUAAUGUCUCAAAGGAAUUUGAUUUCUUGGUCUUCAUUGGUAUCUAUGUAUACCCGACAUGGUUUUAAUCAACAGGCAUUCAUUGUGUUUACCCAAUUCCUCACUAGUUGUGAUGAGAAUCCCAAUGAAUAUAUUUUAGCUAGCGUUUUUCGGGCCUGUUCGCAAUUGGGUGGAGUUUAUGAAGGUGCCCAGCUGCAUGGUUUUGUUGUUAAGACUGGUUUUGAACAAGAUGUCUAUGUGGGUACCUCUUUGAUUGAUUUUUAUGCAAAGAAUGGUGAUUUGGAUGAAGCAAGAUUGGUUUUUGAUGUUUUGGCAGAGAAGACUGCGGUUACUUGGACUACAAUCAUAACGGGGUACACGAAAAGUGGAAGAGGUGAAGUAUCUUUGCAGUUGUUUGAACAAAUGAGAGAAACUUAUGUUGUUCCUGAUAAAUAUGUGCUCUCAAGUGUUUUGAGUGCGUGUUCAAUGCUUGAGUUUCUUGAUGGAGGGAAGCAAAUUCAUGCUUAUGUGUUGAGGAGGGGAGCGGAGAUGGAUGUUUCGGUAACUAAUGUGCUUAUAGAUUUCUAUGCAAAGUGUGGCUUAGUGUAUACAGCACGAAAUUUAUUUGAUCAGAUGGUGGUCAAGAAUAUGAUAGCCUGGACCACAAUGAUUGCAGGGUACAUGAAAAAUUCAUUCAAUUUGGAGGCCAUGAAGCUGUUUGCUGAAAUGGCCAGAUUGGGUUGGAAGCCUGAUGGAUUUGCUUGUACUAGUGUUCUCACUUCGUGUGGUUCACUUGAGGCUUUAGAACAUGGGAGACAAGUGCAUGGUUACACUAUUAAGGCAAACCUUGAGUAUGAUAAUUUUGUGAAAAAUGGUUUGAUUGAUAUGUAUGCAAAAUGCAAUUCAUUGACUGAUGCAAGAAGAGUUUUUGAAGGUAUGGCUGAUCAUAACGUGGUAUCUUACAAUGCUAUGAUAGAAGGAUACUCAAGCGAAGAGAAGUUGCAUGAAGCAUUGGAUCUUUUCCGCGAGAUGAGGCUUAGAUUGUUACCACCAAGCCUCUUGACGUUUGUAAGCCUUCUUGGUGCAUCGGCUGCACUAUUGACGUUAGAACUGAGUAAGCAAAUUCACAGCCUGAUCAUCAAGUAUGGGGUCUCCCUGGAUGUAUUUGCUGGCAGUGCUCUGAUAGAUGUUUAUUCCAAGUGUUCUUGUGUAAGGGAUGCUAGGCUUGUAUUUAAUGAGAUAAAUGAAAAAGAUAUUGUAGUAUGGAAUGCAAUGUUUUUUGGAUAUACUCAACAGUUGGAAAAUGAAGAGGCUCUCAAACUCUACUCAGAAUUACAGUUGUCAAAGAAAACACCUAAUGAAUUCACUUUUGCUGCAUUGAUCACUGCAGCCAGUAACCUAGCAAGUCUCCAGCAUGGUCAACAGUUACAUAACCAAGUCAUAAAGUUGGGAGUAGACUCUGACCCUUUUGUCACAAAUUCCCUCGUGGAUAUGUAUGCUAAGUGUGGAUGUAUAAAAGAGGCCCACAAAACGUUUACUUCCACAUUUUGGAGAGACGUUGUGUGUUGGAAUUCCAUGAUCUCAACAUAUGCACAGCAUGGGGAAGCAGAAGACGCUCUUCAGAUGUUUAAAGGGAUGAUAGAUGAGGGAGUAAAACCCAAUUAUGUCACAUUUGUGGGUGUGCUCUCAGCAUGUAGCCAUGCAGGGCUUGUAGAAGAUGGGCUUCAUCACUUUGAAUCAAUGGCGCAUUUUGGAAUUGAACCGGGAACAGAUCAUUAUACUUGCAUAGUUUCUCUCUUGGGUCGAGCAGGUAGACUCACUGAGGCAAGGGAAUUUAUUGAUAAAAUGCCAAUAAAACCAGCAGCAGUAGUAUGGAGGAGCUUGCUCAGUGCAUGUAGAGUUGCUGGUAAUGUUGAUAUCGGGAGAUAUGCAGCAGAGAUGGCAAUUUCAGUUGAUCCAACAGAUAGUGGAUCAUAUAUUUUACUUUCUAACAUUUUUGCAUCUAAAGGUAUGUGGGAAGAUGUCAAAAGGCUGAGGAAAAGAAUGGACUUUAAUGGGGUGGUGAAAGAACCCGGAAGCAGUUGGAUCGAACUGAAUAAAGACGUUCAUUCAUUUAUUGCAAGGGAUAGAGCUCACAGCAAGGCCAAUCUUAUUUAUUCAGUUUUGGACAAUUUAAUUCUGCAGAUCAAAGGGGUUGGUUAUGUGCCUGACACUUUUAUGCUUCUCAUGACUGAUUAAGAGGAAAGAUGGUGGUAAUUAACACCCUCAAGAGGCCAAGCUUUUGAUCUCUUGAGCUAUUGUAGGAUGUAGUGCUCCAUCAUGCAGCUUAUCGGAGUGAUCCUGAACUUGAAGGGAUCAGCAUCCUGAAGAUGUUUGUAUUUUGGGCUUUUGUGGACUAUCCUAGUGGAAAGAGUAAUAACUUAUGCAAUAACAGUCUAGCUGAAUUGUGGCAUGGUAUUUACAACUUAAGAGGGAGACCAAAGGGAAUGUACAUGGCUACAUGCACAUUUAAAAUGGAUUUCUCCAUCCACAUGCAGUUUGUAAGAAAAGAAAGUUUAUACACUCAGAACUCUAAGCUACUUCAUGUCAACGUCACAAAAGCCCAACUUGGUCCUUUGUAAGCAGCUCCUUGCUUUUUAUGCUACCUUAAUGAGACAACGUUUCUGAAUCUUCUACAUUGCAAGAUUGGAUAUAAAGAAUUAACGACUAGAGGUGUUGGAUUUGCUUUAGAUCACAUUACAUGCAAUGAGGUAAUGACAGUGGUGUAAGGCCCUUUGGAGUAUUUCUGCUGGUUACUGGAUUUGAUGACUAUGGGCCACAAUUAUACCAGGUGGAUUCCUAUUUGUCAUGAAAGGCCUUGGCAAUGGGGAAGAAUGUUUCAAAUGCAAAAAUAUUCCUAGAGAAGAGUACACCGUACACAGAUGAUAUGGAGCUUGAUGAAGCUGUGCAUAUGGCUAUUUUGAUGCUGAAGGAGGGGUAACUAAUUGUUAAGCUUCUUUCUUUUUGAAAUAAAUAUAUUUAAAAAGCUUUGGUGGGGAACGGCCAGAAUGAUAAAACUUAAGGGCAUUCUUGAUGUGUAUAUGCUUAUGGGGUGAUGCUUGUCAGAGAAGAUGUGGAUGAUGAUUGAGGCUGAGAAUCGCUGAGUAAUUUUUUGGAAUGGUCUAACUUCAUGAUGCAAUACGUUGGUCUAAGACAUUGGCUUCUUGGAGAAACCAAUUUGCAUUCCUGCCAGAAUGGGUAUUACAUGGAGCCAAUCCUGGAGAAAGGAGAUUUCCUUUUGUGGUUGUGAGUUCUCUUAAAUGGAAUGGUUGAAAUGCAACAGUUAGUUGCAUAGUUUAUAGAGAGGAAAUUGAGAUAGGAAUAAUCGAGCUCUGAGCUUAGGACUGGCUCGCUUGGGCUGGUUGAUUCAGCUGAGAAAACCCAUGACUGGUGCUAGAGAAGUUCAAGCCAGGCCUCAAUUUGCUUUGGGCAAGAAUGGGCUAUGUUGAGCAUACCUUUUCAGAAUGACGAUGAAUCCUGCUUCUCUGUCAUUACCAAUUUAAGAAUGGCAACAUAAGCCUCUUUUCCUUGCUCUCCUAUCUAAUUAGCCUCCUUCCCUUCAAAAAUUAUCCUUUAUGUUUCCUCAACUUAUUAUUGAUACUGUCCUCAUAAUAUUCAGAUUUUUCAAUCAUUUCGAGUCCUUUAUGAUUCUUUGAUUGUGAAAUUUCUUUUUUAAUGUGUAACUGAUACUAAUAAAUCUGCUGUGCUUGCUUUUUGCAGAGUAGGAACCCCAGCUAAAAAUGAUGAUUAUUUAGCUGAAGUGGAGUAGCUUGCUGCUUGCCCUUGCCAAACAGCUUUGAAGAGAUAUUAUUAAUCAAGUUAAAA